AUGAUGAUCUUCUCCGUUGGAUCCCUCGUCUGCGCCCUCGCUACCUCUUCAAAGAUGCUCAUAUGUGGCAGAGCUGUACAGGGCGCGGCAGGCGCUGGAUUGGUAAAUGGAGCCUUCACGGUCAUCAGCGCGGCCGCUCCACCAGAUAAGAAACCAAUUCUUAUUGGGAUUGGCAUGGCCCUGUCAACCGUUGGCCAGGUCGUUGGGCCCACGAUAGGUGGUGCUUUGACAGAAACGGUUUCGUGGCGUUGGUGCUUCUUCAUCAACUUGCCUUUCUCCGGCCUCGUCCUUUUGAUCCUGUCACUUCUUCCCAUCCCGGAGCAAAUAGAAAAGAAGCCAUUCAGAUCGACUUGGAUGACAACGGUGAGAGAAGAACUCGACCUGGUUGGGUUUGCCCUCUUCGCUCCGGCAUGUAUCAUGCUCCUCCUCGCCAUCAUCUGGGGCGGCAACAAAUAUUCAUGGGACUCCGCCACCAUCAUCGGGCUAUUUUGCGGUGCUGGCGCCACAGCAAUCGUCUUUGCCCUCUGGGAGAUAAGCCGCCGUGAAAAGGCAAUGAUUCCUCCAACAAUCAUUCGCAAACAGCUUGUGUUCUCGGGAUGUAUCGUCAAUUUCCUGACAAUGGCUGCGAACUUGACGCUUUCUUAUUAUCUUCCGCUUUGGUUCCAGGUAGUCAAGGGCGCGACGCCGUUGAUGAGUGGGGUGAUGAUACUGCCCACUGCCAUAGCUCAAAGCGUCGGUGCAGGGUUGGCAGGGAAGAUCGUUCAAGUCCUAAGAUACUGUGCUCCCUGGGCCAUGUUCGGGACCAUGGUAUCUUCCAUCGGCUCAGGUUUGAUGACGACAUUUGUUCCUUCGACCAGUACAGGAGCGUGGAUUGGGUACCAAAUCCUUGUGGGCACUGGGCGUGCCUCGGUCUUUCAGAUGCCGAUCACAGCAAUUCAAGCGUUUUUGCCCGCCAAAGAACGAGCAUUGGCCACUUCCCAAGUCUUUUUCUUCCAGUACCUGGGAGGCACGAUAUUUCUCGCACUCGCAGAGACCAUCUUCACUACCAGCCUGCGAUCAUCCUUGCACGAGGAUGCGCCCGGCGUCAACGCCGAGGCCAUUACCGAGGCGGGUGCGGCGGCUGUAAGGUCCGUCGUGCCCAAGGCUGAGCUCGCCGGCGUCUUAGCGGCUUAUAAUCAUGCGAUAACACACACUUUUUACCUAGCACUCGCAGCCACAUCUGCAGCAUUCUUCGCAUGUUUUGGCCUGGGCUGGAAGAAACUCCCUCUAGGAGAGCCUGCGGAAGAAGAAUCUGCAGGGAACCUCAAAAAGAUGGAAAGCAAUACGGCAGCAGCUUAG